CAAUUCCUCAGAAAAUCCAAAACAUUGAAAGAGUAAUUCAUCCGCCACACAUACAAUGGGCUGCGUUUCUUCAAAGCUCGUAAAGAAAGAGAUCAAGCGGGAUAUCCUCCUCAACAAUGGCGGCGACUGCGUCAACCACGUCGUCUCUCUCACUUCUAGCACGUAUGGGGUGCUCAAACUCGAGAAUGAAAAUCAGAACCAGCCCAUCAAGGAGAUUGUUGCAGAAGCAAAGGAAGUGCAGAGAUCGCCUCCGAGAGAAGUGCCAGAGGUUAUUAAUGCGUGGGAACUUAUGGAGGAUCUCGAAGAUGGAAUAACCAUUUGGAAUCAAGCAAGGAAAAGCCCCAAAUCGCGUGUUUGUAUUCGUGGGUUUGCGGAGAAGGAUGUGAGAAGUCCUUUGAAGUUCUUGAGUCGGAGUGGGUCGCCGAAAAAAGUGAAGAGAUUUGGAGGGAAGGAAAACAGGGGAGUCGGUAAUGGGAAUCGGAAAUUAGAUUUUAGUCCGAAGUCGAUCUUGAAAGUGAACAACUCUUCGGAUAAUCCGUUUAAGGCAGUGUUGAGUAUGGGUUUUCCGGUUAAAAGCACGAAAGGGGAAAGUUUCAACGGCGACUCGGAGUUUUCAUCGCGGAGGAAGAGCUUCAGUCCCCUGUUUGAUCCAGAGUUGGUUGCCUUAUAUGAGAAAGAGUUGUCUGAAGAAGAGGAGCACAUCAAGAUGGUGAUUUCACCAGUAACUGAUAUCCGAAACCAGAGAAAAUCCCAAGAUUCAGAGGCUGUUCUCCAACUGUUCGACAAAAUGUGUCCUCCAGGAGGCGAAAACGCUGUAGUGAUAUACACCACCACGCUGCGAGGGAUCCGAAAGACCUUCGAGGAUUGCAACACUGUAAGAUCCAUUCUCGAGUCCCAUUGCAUCCAGAUCUUUGAGCGGGAUAUAUCCAUGGAUUCAGGGUUUAAGGAGGAACUAAGGAGGUUAAUGGGCACAAAAGAGGUCAAAGUUCCAAUUUUGUUUGUGAAAGGAAGGUUGAUUGGGGGAGUUGAGGAAGUGGUGAAGAUGGAGGAAGAAGGCAAAUUGGGAAUUUUGCGUGUUUAAACCGCUACAAACCUUUUAACGUCAUGCUAGUUGCUAUAUGACAAUAUCGAGAAAAUGUGUUAAUUACAAAUUUUGUCUUUUUUACUUAAAGAUGAAUUUUUUAAGUUUUUAAAUUAAGUAAAAAUUUUUCUUUAAA